GCCUAUAGACACUAUAGAUUCCAUAGACUCGCGAAGGCGAAGACAACUGUAGCCAAACGAACUGUCAGUUCGUGUAGCCAAACGAGCAUGACGUCACGAUUUCAAUAGCGACAAUGGAUUGCGUGACGUCAUAUUCGCUCGGUACACUCUAAAUUCACGGAAAAACACACUAAAAUCGUAUUGCUCAACCAUGUCUCCGCGAGUCUAUGGAAUCUAUAGUGUCUAUACUUCCGCCUUGCAUCAAGCAACAGAAAAAACAGCAAACAAACCACGCGCCAUUUCCUUGGGUGAAGCCGAGCCAUCAGUAGUGAAGUUUUUGCAAUCGUUCCGUGAUUUUGACCAGUAGUGUGGUUGGCGAUUAAAAUGUACAAAUUGCCCAGAUCACAAGUUAUUGCGGAAUUCUGGGAACGGAUGGAUGAGACGAUUGGCAUUGUACCUGUGAAUGUGAAAAACGUCGUCAAUGUCCUUGAACUCGCGGCUACCAGUUGGUUCGGUGACUUCACCAUUUGUGAUGUUACGGCCCUCGAGGCCUCGGUAUGCUGGAAAGGCGGCGAGCUCUGGGCGAAAGGCGCUAGAGAUGGUUACUACAAAGCAGGCUACAAAGAGGCUUAUUUUGAUAAGAGUGAGGAUCUCCGUCCGUUUAAAUUUUCGAUUGUGGAGGAAAAGUGCCUCGUAGCGGUAGCUGGCGCUGUAAAGUGGUACGGUCAUCACUACUUCACUAAGCGAGAUGUCUAUGGCUAAACCAUGAUUACGAGUUCAGCGGAGGUAAAGACAUCGGCCACAAGUAGGGUGAAAAUAUUGAGAAACACACUAACCGUAUGGGCUAAAUUUUCGAAUGAGCCAUUUUACGAAGUGACAACAAUGUUGAUGAUGAUAUUGGUUUUUACGGGUUAUUGGACACUACCUCCUGUCAAAAUUCAUUCAUAAAAUCGGCUCGUAAAAUGGACUAUUAUCGACAUUGAAUUUUCAUAAGGGCUUAGGGGCCAUAUUUUUACUGAGCUGUAUAUGAGAGAAGUUCCUGUGUGUUGGCAAAUAAAGACAAAAUGGUAGCUUCAUUAUUUUUCUUUUGCUUGGAAUAACGACCCCAAUGGCACAAAUUGGUACG